ACCAGUACAGGAUCGACAGACUUUUCAACUCAGCAUGAUCACUGGCAUUCAAAGAGGAAGGCAGCUAUUCAGGCAGCUUUUCAUUAAUGGAAGGUGUACAAUAUUGUGUCCAGUCAACGAAUGGAGAUAUCAACAAAACACACACCUCUGACACACCUCCAACCGUGACAACAACAUCAACAAAGAAAAUUAAGAGAAAAAUGAGUUCCAAAGACUUAUAUAAACCAGCAGAUAGAAUUAUUGGACAUGACAAGAAUGUAUGGGUCGAGUUUUCUGCUUUAGCGAGAAACUACAAAGCAGUGAAUUUAGGCCAGGGAUUUCCAGAUAUUCAUACCCCUCACUUUGUAAAAGAGGCUCUUGGGAAGGUGGUGGCCAGUACUGAUGCUGCUGUUGAUCAAUACACAAGAAGUCAGGGUCAUCCAAGAUUAAUUACUGCACUUGGAAAACUCUACACCAUGUUGAUGAAGAGAGAAAUUGAUCCAUUAUCUGAGAUUUUAGUAACAGGAGGAGCUUAUGAAUCUCUUUAUUGUUCAUUUCAAGGCUUGAUUGAUCCAGGGGAUGAGGUCAUCCUUAUUGAACCAUAUUUUGAUUGCUAUUUUCCCCAAAUAUCAGUUGCUGGUGGAAUUCCCAAGUUUGUCCCUCUAAGACCUAAAGAAAAUGCUACCUCAACAAAGGACUGGGUCUUGGACAAGGAGGAGCUGGAGUCAACAUUUAGUGAAAAGACCAGAGCCAUAGUAAUCAACACUCCUCAUAAUCCUGUCGGCAAGGUAUUUAGUAUGGAUGAGCUGCAGUUGAUUGCUGAUCUGUGCAAGAAAUACAAUGUGAUCUGUAUCAGUGAUGAAGUUUAUGAGUGGCUUGUUUAUGGUGGAGAGCACCACAUCAGGAUCGCAACUUUACCUGGCAUGUGGGAAAGGACAAUAACAAUUGGUAGUGCAGGGAAAACAUUUAGCAUCACAGGCUGGAAGCUUGGCUGGUCCAUAGGUCCUAAAGAAUUAAUAAAAAAUCUCCAGACAGUGCAGUCACAAGUGACUUACACCCUACCUACCCCAACACAGGAAGCCCUUGCUCAAGCCUUUGAACAUGAAAUUCCAUUAAUUGGAACAGAAAAGUCAUAUUUCCAAGAACUUAGCCUGAUGUUGGAGAAAAAACGUGACAUAAUGGCCAAGCUUCUAACUGAUGUUGGCUUCAAGCCCAUUAUUCCUCAAGGAGGCUAUUUUAUGAUGGCUGACACAUCAGAUAUAGAUGUGAAUUUUGAUGAAUAUGACAAAAGUGAUGAUCCCCAUGACUACAAGUUUGUGCGAUGGUUAACAAAAGAAAAGGGAAUUUGUGCUAUUCCUCCAUCUGCAUUUUAUUCACCUCAACAUAAACAUUUUGGAGCCAAGUACAUUAGGUUUUGCUUUAUCAAGGAGGACAGCACAUUAGAAAAUGGUGCAAAAAAGCUGAAGGAAUGGAAAGAUGAACUAGGAAAAUGAGCACAAAUUAAUGACAGGUGUAGGUUAAUUACAACAAUUCAACCCUGGUAAUUACGAUUAAUAAAUGUAACAAAUGCUUUACUUCUGACAGGCAGUGAUACUGUCUAAUAGACCAGGGAAAUUUCUAAUGUUCAGUGAUAACUGUGGUUCUUGGUAUGUAGUAAAAGAAUCUAGGAAACUAUUUUUUAGCAAAUAAGGAUAUUUUGUACAACACCAGAAAUACUGCACACUGUACAGUACAUGUGUAACCAAAAUGUAUUCAGUGUGAAUUUAAAGAGCCAUUGUUUUAUUUAAAUAGUGAAUUCAAUUGCAAUAAGAAAAUUUGGAUUUGAAAGUAAACAAAACUCAGUAAAGUACAGUAAAGAACACCAAAGUGCACUUGAAUGUCUUUGCUAUUGAAGGUCGAGGAGCUUAGGUUAAGGAAAUUUAUUAUAAUCAAGUUGACCUACUACAAAUGGUUUCCUUGUGGGUAUGAAAUGCCUUGCUUAUUGGACUUCUGCUUUUGAUAAUCUUAUGGUGUUUUAGGAAUUACAUGUAUGUACACUUUCAGGUUAUUUUUUACAGGUAAAUAACAUUCAGAAACACAUUGGCCUAACUCGUACACUAGUCUAUUCAGGGGCCAGACUAAUUGUUCAUGUGGUAAGGUAUCCAUGUGACUGGGUUAAAUGUAAAUGCAAAUCUAGCUUGUAAAGAGGAUCUGGUGGAACUGGCAAUAAAAGACAUAUUAAGUAUUGAAA